AUGGUUGGUUUCAUUGGAGGGAACAAGCAUUUACUGAGGAACAUCAAGAGGAGAAGCAAAUAUAACAAGCUACUUCAAGCUAGAGCAUUGGAGGAUGAAGUUGAGCAGCUCAAGAAGGACCGUAAUAUAUUAAAAGUGGAGAUUUUGAAGCUUAAGGAGAAGCACGAGGAUUUGCAGAUUCAACUCACCAAUGUAGAGGAGCGAGUUUGGUGUGCAGAGUUGAAGCAAUGUUAUAAGUUUUUUGACCAAUUGGCUACAUUGCAAUCCGAGCUCAGUGAACUCUUGUCUGAGACUGUGAACACCAGCAUAACUCCCUAUGUUUCUUCCAUGGAUGGUGAUUUAUUCAGUUCUAUACAAGGUUUAAGGAAUGAUGUAUCCAAUGUUUAUGAUGUUAAUUCAAAAAAACUAAUGGAGGGGAGUUCUGAUAUUGGUCAAGAAGUAGAUCUGAAUGGCUCAAAUAUCUUCCUUGAGUUAGAGGAUUUGAUAAGCGAGCAAGCCCAUUGGGUUGGAUCCCCAAGUGGAUUUAAUAGGGCACAUUAG